GGGGCUGUGUGUGUGGGGGGGGGGCCACGGAGGAGUGACGUCACCACCGCCAUAUUGGCUACCAGGAGGAGGCCGCGUUGGAGGCGAGGCGGAUCUCUGAGCCGGGCAGCCCGCAGCGCGACAUGGAACCCGAGGCCUUGCUGGAGGCCAUAGCAGAAUUUGAGAAGAAGCCGAACAAGGAGGUGACGCCCGAGCUGGAUGGGUUCAUGCGGCACGUAGCCAAGACGGGCGAGACCAUGUUGCCGUGGCCCCAGCUCAAGGGAUACUUCAUGUACAAGCUGGAGCGCGUACUGGAUGACUUCCGUGCCUCGGUACCGGAGGUGCGCGGGCCCCCCAAUCGGAACGUCGACUACGUCCCUUACGACGAUAUGAAGGAGCGCCUGCUCAAGAUAGUGGACGGCUUCACGAGCGCACCUUUCACAAUACAACGGUUAUGUGAACUGCUGAUGGAGCCGAAAAAACACUACAAGCGCACGGACAAGUUCAUGAGGGGGAUAGAGAAGAAUGUGUUGGUCGUGAGCAGUGUCUACCCAUCGUCGGAGAAAUUCAAUUUCAGUACAAGCACCCUUAAUCGAGUAAAUGGAAUUUUACCAUCUGGUCCCAAUACUGCUUACCAAGACAGGUCAAACGUGAAUGGCCCGGGAACGCCACGACCUCCCAUCAGGUCCCGGUCGCCCUCCCCGGGGUCUUGCCCUUUGCUGCCGUCAUCCAACGGGUUUGGCGACGGCACAGUGCAUCACGCGACGGACGAAGAGCGCGCCUCACAGAGUUCCCCCCCGCCCAGCGAGAGCAACCCGCUGAAAACCAAGCACGGGGCGCAGGACCAGCUGGAGGAGGGCACGAGCGACGACCCCCAGGCCAAGCGGCUCCGGUUUGAUGAGGAGGACGAGGAGGAGGAGGAGGAAGAUGAGGAUCAGCAGUCUGCGGAUGAAGAGGAGGAAGAGGAGGCCGAGGAGAGGGGGGGCCGUGGGUCAUCGGCUCGCUCCCCGGAGGCCACGUCCGGCAACGCGAGGUCGCCGCAUGGCUUCGAACAGCGCCCGGUAUCCGACAUCACAGAGGAGCAAAGCUGUUCGGCCAGUGCAGAUACUGGCGCUACGGAACAUUGCAGCGAGGUGGAGUCCGUGCCCAGUUCGGUCAGUUCCGAACCGAAGGUGACUGGGGAGGAGCAGGAGGACGAAGAAGAGGAGGAGGCUGUGCACGACAUGGACCAGUCGGAUUGUGGGGGUGGGGUGGGUGGACCCGAGGCUGCCGACAGCGAGGCAGGAGCGGUGACGGUGGCGGCGGCGGCAGUGACGGAGGCAGCCGGUGGGAGUGGCGGCGAAGCGGCCGUGAGCAGCUCGGGCCUCGCCGGUGGUGCCGACUCUAACUCGAGCGACGGCAGCGGUUGCGGCGGAAGCAGUUCGGUGUCGUCUUCGGCCGAGCCCUCCGAGGACACCGAGCAGCCGAUGGACCAAGACUGACCUCUCCUCCACCCCCCUUCUUUCCUACUCUCCGUUUGCCCUGUGUGUGUGCGACCCCGACCCCUACCGUGUGUGCACAGCGUUACCUCCCCUCGUCCCAAAAACCGCCUCCGAUCCAUGCCCCCCCCUCCGAUCCCCCCCAAUCUCCCCCCACCCCUGCAGUGCCUGCCGGUCAGUGAUCAGCCAGGCACGAACUAAAGCAGUAUUCUUAUUUUGAGCGGGAGCACGAUUUAAAGCGCUGCCUUGAAAAUGGGUCUGCGUCUCUUCUCAACCCGGCUUCUCUUGGUGAAGGUAUGGUGUUGUGUUCUCUUGUUGUGAGUCGAUGGUCUUUGGGUUGGUUAGCGCUGUGUUUGUGCGUCCUAUCUCGUUUGUUUGUUUCUUAUUGGCUACCAGCAGUUUAUUUUAAGUGUGUUUUUUAAAUUAAACGAAUUUUUUUCUCGUCACACAUCAGAGUUUCUUUCCAGCUACAGAAGUCGGUUGGGACUGAAUGGGGAAAAAAAAGUGUCAAUCGAUCUUUGGAACUGCUUAAGCAAAUUGCAAACGAAAUGAUAAGUAACAUCGCACUUCAACCACCCGAGGUUGUAAUUGGUUGGAUAUAAAUAAAUUGGCUACCAUUCGGCAAACCAGUGGUAGGAAGGAAUGUUUUCUCUCACUUGGGUCAGCAUUAUGGAACCGUAAAACAAACAAAAAACAUUGCUGUGGGAAAGAAUGGGAUGGCAAACAUUUUAGCAGAGGCGCACUGUUCAGCAAAAACACUCAUGUUUUCUUUCCUGGCAUCGGUUAAAUUCCCGUGUGGAUUAUUUGGAGCUGAUUGACACUGUGUUGUGUUUUGUGUGUGUGUGUGUGUGGGCCGGCAGAGUGAGACGCGGAUGUGUGUGUUUUAUGGGUUUUGAUUGAUCAUUUUAAAAUUUCCAAGUUGUCACAAGAUUAUACCUGAAUACAGCUCUUUGUACUGUGGAAGCAUCGCCUAUUUUCAGGUAUUUCUACUGUUGUACGCACUGAACGUUCCUUGAAUUUGUAAAAACGGCAAGCUGGGGUUUGUGUAAGUUUGUAGAUCAUUCUCUCCUCACUGUUUUUAAACAGUUAUGCGAGGCCGAUUCCCCCCUUCCCCUGUGCUGUUUAAUUGUCAUGUUGCUGUUUAGAUAGGUAACUUUUGAGAGAGAAAAAAUGUUGCUUAAUUUAUUUUUUUUAAACAGUUUCCACAGCAAAAUACAGGAGUGAAAGUUUUGAAGAUUACUUUUUCCAUAAACAGUACCUACAUUCUCUCACACACACACACACACAUUUACAUACACACAUUUACAUAGGCUAGAAAACAUUCCGUUAGAGAAACUCCACAUGUGGACUUAUGGUGCAUAAAUACACUCGUAGCUGCAGUGAAAUUGAUUGAAUCUUGUCUCGUUGAGGUUACUGAAAAAAUAUAUACCACCCGUUCGAAUUGUGUGUAAAAUGCAACGGUAAUUCCUCCACCAAAUGUUGUCUCCGAGGAGAGGCUAUGACGUGGGAGCCAGCGGCUUUGGAAUGUUGAAAUGGCUACAUUGCACACACGCACACACUGGUGUGUCCCGUAGGCUGGUGGUUUGCUGUACCCGUGAGUGUACACCAAGGCCUCCUGUUUAGAAUCGCUGUCGUUCGCAAGUUUGAGUUGCAGUACUGCAUGCAGUUUGGUGCACACAGGGCAUGCGUAAUAUGCAAAAGUGAGCUUUAUCGACCUGAGUUGGCACUUACCUCGCUGGUGCGACCACAGGCCGACUGUUUUUAAUAUCGAUAGGUGACUUGCUAGGUUUGCUAAGCAUUAGGAUUUGUUCGGGAGAUCCAAGUGUACAAGCUUUAGACGCGAUAUCUGUUGGCUCGAGCAGUUGAGACUAUUGAAACCGUUUAACAAUUUUAACAAAUCUAAUUUUAUAACGAAGGCAAACUUUGUUUUUGGUGGUGCAUCUUCAGGAGCCCAAUCAUAUCCCAGUGCGUGAUUCUUGUUGAGUAUCUGUCAGCGUGCUUUCCUACCAUCUUGAUAAUUUAUUUGUUUUGUCCUUGGGCUUGGCUAAUCUGUGAAUGUGGCACCCCCAGCAGACGGCUGAAAAGCAUAGCCAUUCAUUUGUAGCCCAUUGAUGAAGAGUUGACAUUUUUUUUAAAGGAUAAAAUAUCUCCUAAGGACCUUUUAAAGCUUUCUUUGUGUGUGUUUUGCAUUUUUAAUACUACUAUUGCUUUCCUCUCUUGUCACGGCGACGUUUUUGGCCACGGUGAGCGAGAGGAGCGCGGUGGCGCGGCGUUUAGCGUGUCCUCUGCUGUCCGGUGUUUUCUCGUUCGUAGUAAUUUGUUGAGUUUGACCGCAGCCACGUGUUUGUCCAUUCGUCAUGUCUGGCUAUUACCACCCCCCCCCCCUGGGCAGCCACCUCUAGUGAACAUAAUAUAAUACCUUUUUUUGAUAUGGUGAGUAGGUUUAUAAACACACCCCUGUAGACGCUCCUCUAGGGUUUUUUUGUAGGUUGAAUGUUUAUGAUUGCGUUAAAUGUUAUCUAUAAUUUCCCCCCCCCCUCCCCCCUUUUUAACAAAAAAAAUGUUUCUCGUGAAAGCAACUUCUGUACAAAAAUCUGUUUUGUGUGAGCUGACAGGCUCUGGCUUACAGUACAUUUACGUAAUGAAGCAAUAAAAUGGAUGUUUGCCGAUCA